UGCUACACGAGCGCACGCCCCGAGCCGGCCGGCGGUCCAGCCAGCCAUCCACGACGCCGUCCUCUUCUUCUUCGUCCCCGUAUCAUCCCGCGCGUUUCCUCCCGUUCCUCCCAUCCAUCCAGUUUAUUUCAUCUCUUUUUUUUAUUCAACUUGUGACGGAAAUCGUCGAAAAGUCGCGCGACGUAGUCUCGAGCGCGAGCAAGCACGCGAUCGGUGUGAUUCUCCAGCGUACGUUCUGAAAGAUUGAAGAGCACAGUGAUAUCGAAGAAAGAUUCGAAAAAAAAGAACACUUGGUUUUUUGUGAUAUUAGUCGAUCAUCUGAUGCGCGGCGAGUAUCUUUGUACCUUGAUCCUUUCCGACAGACGAUUACGAUUUUUCUCUGUCGAGGGAUAUUUUUCACGCGAGUGUACAUCGGUUUGGUGUAAUAACGUUACCGCGACGAAACGACUGCGCACCGUUUAAUAAUACAGUGCGUAGAUGAAGAACGUGCGCCAAUGUGUGUUUUCUGUGUUGGAAAAGAGCAAACGACUGAUAAUGCGUAUUGUCGCGACGGACUGACGCGCUUAUAAGCGCGACAGUGCGAAGAAUUGACUGAACGAAGGAUUUAUAUUAAGGAGUGUGUGCGUUUUGAGAAGAAAAGGAAUAAACAGAAAUAGUGGAGAAUUUUGGUCAGUGGCAAGCGCGACGAUACGGAAAAAGUGCACAAAAUGUUGGCUCCCUGCGACAAACGAGAAGACGGCAGGUCGAGUUAUAGGCCAGGACGGCUGACACCGAGGGAUUAAAGGACGUCGAAUGGAUGUGGGCGAUUUAUCGGGCUCGGCAGGAUUGAUAGGGAGCGGAUCCAUCUCGGUUGCGACGGGUGUUGGUAUUAUCGCCAACACGACAUCCGCCACCCCAGGGUGGUGGACGCCUACGUCGACAAUCACCUCGGCAGCGGCCAACACCGACGUGAUGAAUCAGCUCUGCAGAGUUUGCGGAGAGCCGGCCGCGGGUUUUCACUUCGGGGCCUUCACGUGCGAAGGCUGCAAGUCCUUCUUCGGGCGUACUUAUAACAAUCUGGGCAGCAUAUCUGAAUGCAAGAACGGCGGCGUCUGCGUGAUCAACAAGAAGAAUCGUACCGCCUGCAAAGCGUGUCGUUUGCGGAAGUGUCUGAUGGUGGGCAUGUCUAAGUCCGGCUCACGUUACGGCCGACGCUCCAAUUGGUUCAAGAUACAUUGUCUGCUGCAAGAGCAGUCUCAUCAGGCGCAAAACCGUCUGAUCAAGGACCCGAAGUCCGCGUACGAGAAGGCGUUUGGCUCUUUGGACGCUGCGAAUAACAACAACAAUAACAACAACACCGAAAACGUAAGUAAUACCAGCGCUAGCAGCGUCGUCGGCAUCGUCACCACGGCGACCACUACGGCCAACAGUUACCAUCACCAUCUGCACCACCAUCAUCAUCCGGACCGGUUGCCCAAGAGGGAAGACAGCGCGCUCAGGCCGCCGGAUAUGCCGGUGCAACUGAGGUCGCCGGAGAUCCCACCAAGGACCAGCCAGGACGCGAUUUUGAGGCCUGGUGAUCUGCCGAGGGCUUCGCACGAAAUGCUCAGGCCUGAAGUCUCGAGGUUUCCCAUGUGGCGAGGACCGCCUUUGUUCCAUCCAGCUCUCACACAUAUGCAACUGCUGAACACGCCAUUCUUUCCCUUCCAGCAGGCACGCUUCAUGGUACCUUACAUGAAUCAAAUAAGUCCGCCGCAGAUGGUGGCUAGUUUGUCAACCUCGUCUAGCGAGAAUGUCAGCCCGCGAUCGACCCCGUCUCCGACGAAAAGAAACGAGGAAAAUCAAGAAUAUCGCGAGAUUGACCGCGAUGCCGAGAGUCGCGGCCAACGAGAUCGAUGUUUGAGGAGAGGAUCGACAGAGAUCGCAUAUGACAAGAGCCUAGCGUUUCUGCGAUCUCUCGGACCGGAGCAGGAAGAACCGAUGGAUCUCAGCAUGAAGGACACGCAGACAGAUGGGCAUGAAAUGGCUGGUAGUAUGGAAGAGGAAGAAGAAGAGAAGUCGAGUGACAGCGAGGACAAUGAGCUUCUGCAAGAUACCGGACCGCCCCUAGACCUCACACGAAAGACAUGACCUCGGAUAUCAGACGAUGCUCAAUAGGUGUUUAAUAGAAAUUUGCUUCAAUCGCGAAGAAUUAUCGUCGAUGUCACUCGAAGUUCUCGAGGACGACUGAAAGAAUAAUGACGCAAUAUUGUACCAAUGAUGCUGAUAAAGAGACGGAAGGCAGAUCGCAGACUUGGUGGCGAAAGGGAAGAAAAUAAACCUCCCGGAGGAAAAAUGAAGAUGGGUGGGAAAAUAACGAAGAAGACGAAGAAAAAGCUAAAGAAAGGUGAAGUGAGGUGAAAAAGAGAAUGGAGAAGAACGUGCGAGGUGCGGAGGGAGAGUGAGAGAAGGUACAGUUACAUCGUAAUAACGCGGCGAGCGAGAAGCACGGCCAAGUGUCAAAGGUGCCUUGGCACAAGAAACGAGAAGACGAUCCGGGGUGGGGAAGAAGAGUAGCCGAAUACGAUUACGUUGGAACGACACGGGGGAAAAGCGGGAGAAGCGCGGGGGGAGAGUGUGCGGUCGGCCUAGAUGUCGAUGGAGAACAACAAGUGCCGCGCGUAGCCAGCCGGCAUAAACGGCUUUAUGAUCGGUGAUCGAUGAAAAUUGCUCAAGCCGCUCGGUAUUAGUCCCUUUUGCCCAGCCGUAUCUCGGCGACAGGUGAACGUCGACGGGACGAGUCGAGGACGCUCGCUCGUGACACGUCCUCUCUCGUCGAGGAAACGUACGACGGACGAUUGUGCCUUACAAGCGGUGCCUUCUUUACAAGAAGAGUGUGCCGAUAAGAAAAAAAAACAGUUUAACGCGAUAUAUAACUAUUCGCUGUGUAUAGCGUGACGACACGCUCGGCGAUGGCCAGUGAGUGCUUCGCGCGUGUUAUCACGCCUAUGAAUUAAUCGUUCGGCAGUAUUCGAGGUCCGAACUUAACUGUUCGAUCCACGCACGUGCUCGUUUAUCCAAAUGAAAUUUGGCGAAAUGAGUUCGAUGUGAUAGAUCGAGUAAGAUUGAUUCGGGCAUCGAAUAGAUUGUGAUUCUACGCGUGAAUUUCGAGUACUCUUAACUUAACUUAUAUUUUUUCGAGAGUCUCUUUUUUCGAUAAACACAAGCGCGGCGAGAUUGCAGUUGCGCUCAAGUACAAAAAAAAAGAAAGAAGGAGAUGCAUAGGAGAUGUGGCAGCCACGACGCGGGCAUCGUUUAAAUGUCCGAGUCGAGAGUGCGACGUGAAAUAAAGAAUAUUAUAUACCUGAA